GGGUUUUUUUUUUAAUUAAAACACCACAAGCGCAAGGUAAGACAGCUUCCCCUGUCUUACUAAACCAACCUAUUAUUCCUCCGACAAGUGAACAUUGGUAGUUUUAAAACAAACAGCCUCAAUGCUGGUUGAAUCCAAAAGAAGGUGUCCAGGUCAUCUCGGUAGAGUUAGCGCGGUACUGGUACUUAUCGUGAUACUUCACGUCUUCGCUUCUUACUGGGUAUGUCCAUCUGCACUCAGGCCCAGGCCCAGCCGAGAUAACAUCCGGGACUUCAGAAUGCAAUGGUGCCGCUUGCAGCGAUGGCGAGUGGACUGGGAAGCAAUUCUAAGUCCUUGUGCAGGGAGCAUGCGCUGGGACAUGCGAGCCGCGGUGCGAUCGCAGGCACGGACUAACGCUCAUAAAAGCUUUGUCAGCAAAUGGGAACUUCAGCCGGCAGGUCACUUUAGUCGGUUCUGGAUCCAGUCAGUAGACAUGAACGGGCGGCGAAAAUCAUCCGGGGGAGACACGUGGCGAGUAUACAUCAGACAAGGACCGGCAUCCCUUGCGCCCGUGGUAUUCGACCAUGACAAUGGACUGUACGAGGUACUUGUACUCGUCCUGGAGCCUGGAACCUACACCACCGGGAUCACGCUUGAUUACACGUUAUGCAACGGGCUGCGUGACCCGCCUGAUAAGUUCUUCAUCAACGGAACCAACCAAGGGCUGUAUGUGGAUUACGAUAACCAUAUUUUGGGAGAUAAUUUCGACGAUUUUAUCAAUGAGCCGCUUGGGCGCAAAACCGCCUAUAAGUUUACCAUCCCACCACAAUCAGGCCAAGGAGGUUAUUCUGCGCAUUGUCAAGAUAAGGAAUCCUGCCGUCGUUUAACGGAUACGUGUGGGCUGUCAUGCCGACUACUGUGGGACGGGCACGGUCGGUGGGUUAAUAAUACGUGGAGGCCGUACUCAACAGCAAUGCUACCAAAGCCAAGUUCACGACACAACGGGUAUCUGCUGAACAUCGGAGAUUCAAACGGCAGAAGAUUCUCGAAAUUGGCCUCUACAAGCAAGUUGUGCACGGAAGUAUUCCGCCGCUGUGAUCGGGUCGUUAACUGGGUAUACGAGCAUGAAGACAACAGGCCAAAAAUACCAAAGAACCAAGACUUCCGUCAAGAAGUGCUACUAGAUCAAUUCAGCCAACUAAUGAGUCGAAAGGAGUUUGACGAGCCGAGUGUUUUUCUCUUCAAUUUGGGAACUCAUUAUGCCUUGGCGGUGAGCUUUGGCCAAUUCCAGCAGCUGUUAACUCGGAUUGUAGACCUAGUAAAAGCAAGUUCAAAGCCUCAAAUGGACAUAGUGUGGAGAGGAACCACAAUGCUAGAAAGAGAGAAACUUCGAUUCUUGAGUAAAAAGCGAUUUAACACCACUUUGUUCAGGUUUCACAAUAAUCAGAGAAUACAGCUGUAUCACACGUACUCCAUGGACACAAUGUGCAAGGCGGGCAUCAAAGUGCUAGACAUGUAUCCGCUAUCUUCCUCUUACCCACGGGGGACGACGGACAAUGUUCAUUACGACCUGGAGGCAUUCUCUCCUGCCGUGCAAGCCCUAGAGAUAUAUUACCAGCAUGCAAGAUAACACCAUCACUACCAGCAAGCCAGAUAACACCAUCACUACCAGCAAGCCAGAUAACACCAUUACUACCAGCAUGCCAGAUAACACCAUCACUACCAGAUAACACCAUUACUACCAGCAUGCCAGAUAACACCAUCCCUACCAGAUAACACCAUUACUACCAGCAUGCCAGAUAACACCAUUACUACCAGAUAACACCAUUACUACCAGCAUGCCAGAUAACACCAUUACUACCAGCAUGCCAGACAACUUCCAGCAUGCCAGAUAACACCAUCACUACCACGAUGCCAGAUAACACCAUCACUACCACGAUGCCAGAUAACACCAUCACUACCACGAUGCCAGAUAACACCAACACUACCAGCAUACCAGAUAACACCACCACUACCAACAAACAUCACUUGCUAGUGUAACAAAGGGAAAGGAUUUUGAGAAGACAGAAAAAACACUUUCAAGGCGGAAAAAUAGAUCACUGUAUGUCAUCCAUCACCUUAUGAGACGUUUAUUUGCAUAUAUUACUUUAAAAUCAUUUAUCUCUUUAUAAUCAUGAUAUCACAUAGUGGAAAGGCGAGUUGAUAAACCUACGGUAUAUUUACGCAGGUGAAAAUUUCACGUUACAAAUAAUCAAAUACCACACGAGGAGAAAUGCUAACCAAAGUACAACUAGGUAAGUCAGUGGUGGAUCUAGGAGGAGGGGUGGUGGGGUUUGCAACUCGCCCAUUGAGGAAAAAAACAUGCUAUAAAAAUUCACCUCGAUUUUUCCUACUCCCCCCCCCCCCCCCCCCUGGAACAUUCUGCAGCACCCACCAUGCUAUCAAUCCGUACUUAGCACGCUUAGCUAACGUCAUGUAUAAAAUUCGAAGCUAAUGUAAAAAUUAUCUAUCCCCUGCGAUUUAAUUGGGUUGUUUUUAAUGAAAAAGCCCCGAAUAUAUAAUAGCUUUUAAAAUUAAGAUUUCCUCCAUUUUCUGGAAAGCAGAUAAAUAAGAUUCGCCGA